GUCUCUGGUCCUGACACAAAAGUAUAAUAAAAAAGGUCCUUCCAGAACCCUUUCAUCCAGGUUCUGUUCUCCUUGCAGCCUGCUGACUGCUUAGAGGGUGGGGAAUCCGUAAAGCUGACCUGGAAUGAUGGGCGAUCUACCACAGCAGAGGGUGGGGGAGGGGGAACCUGUGUGUAGCUGGAAGAGGGGUUGCGUGCCACAAGGGAGGAGACAACCCCAGGGGAUUAGGGGCGGUGGCCGCUCGCAUUCCUCGGGGGCGGGGCGCAUGGUGGCGCGUCGCCUCGAGGCGGAGCCUGCCAGGACCCGAGGAGCGACCGGCCUUCCUGGCGGGUGAGCAACCGCUCUAAGAGCCAUGGAGAGCAGCGGACCCAGCAGCUGCCACAGCGCGGCCCGGCGGCCGCUUCACUCCGCACAAGCCGUGGACGUGGCCUCGGCCUCCAGCUUCCGCGCCUUCGAGAUCCUGCACCUGCACCUGGACCUGCGGGCCGAGUUCGGGCCUCCGGGCCCGGGUCCGGGGAGCCGCGGACUGAACGGCAAGGCGACUCUGGAACUGCGCUGCUUGCUGCCGGAGGGCGCCUCGGAGCUGCGGCUCGACUCGCACAGCUGCCUGGAGGUGAUGGCAGCGACCGUGCUGCGGGGGCAGCCCGGAGAGCAGCAGCCGCUUACGGAGCCCGUGCCUUUCCACACACAGCCCUUCUCGCACUAUGGCCAGGCCCUGUGCGUGGUCUUUCCGAAGCCCUGCUGUGCCGCUGAGCGCUUCCGGCUGGAGCUCACCUACCGCGUCGGAGAAGGACCAGGGGUUUGCUGGUUAGCUCCUGAGCAGACGGCAGGAAAGAAGAAACCCUUUGUGUAUACCCAGGGUCAGGCGGUCUUAAACCGAGCCUUUUUCCCUUGCUUCGACACCCCAGCCAUCAAAUGCACAUAUUCGGCUCUUGUUGAGGUUCCAGAUGGCUUCACAGCUGUGAUGAGUGCAAGCACAUGGGAGAGGAGAGGACCAAAUAAGUUCUUCUUCCAGAUGAGCCAGCCCAUCCCCUCCUAUCUGAUAGCUUUGGCCAUUGGAGAUCUGGCUUCAGCUGAGGUUGGUCCCAGGAGCCGGGUGUGGGCAGAGCCCUGCCUGAUUGAAGCCGCCAAGGAAGAAUACAAUGGGGUCAUAGAAGAAUUUCUGGCAACAGGAGAGAAGCUUUUCGGACCCUAUGUUUGGGGAAGAUAUGAUUUACUCUUUAUGCCACCAUCUUUCCCGUUUGGAGGAAUGGAGAAUCCCUGCCUGACCUUUGUCACCCCGUGCCUGCUAGCAGGGGACCGCUCCUUAGCCGACGUCAUCAUCCACGAGAUCUCCCACAGUUGGUUUGGGAACCUGGUCACCAAUGCCAACUGGGGGGAGUUCUGGCUCAAUGAAGGCUUCACCAUGUAUGCCCAGAGGAGGAUCUCCACCAUCCUGUUCGGAGCUGCUUACACUUGCUUGGAGGCCGCAACGGGGAGGGCUCUGCUACGGCAGCACAUGGAUGUGUCUGGAGAGGAAAACCCACUCAACAAGCUUCGGGUGAAGAUCGAACCAGGUGUUGACCCAGAUGACACCUACAAUGAAACCCCCUACGAGAAAGGUUACUGCUUUGUCUCAUACCUGGCCCAUCUGGUGGGUGAUCAGGAACAGUUUGACAAGUUUCUCAAGGCCUAUGUAGAUGAGUUUAAGUUCCAAAGUAUCUUGGCUGAAGACUUUCUGGAAUUCUACCUGGAGUAUUUCCCUGAGCUGAAGAAGAAGGGAGUGGAUUCCAUUCCAGGUUUUGAGUUCAACCGAUGGCUGAACACCCCUGGCUGGCCCCCCUACCUCCCCGACCUCUCCCCUGGGGACUCACUCAUGAAGCCAGCUGAAGAGCUGGCGGAGCUGUGGGCGGCCUCAGAGCCAGACAUGCAAGCCAUCGAGGCUGUGGCCAUCUCUACCUGGAAGACCUACCAGCUUGUCUACUUCCUAGAUAAGAUCCUGCAGAAGUCUCCUCUCCCUCCUGGGAACGUGAAAAAACUUGGGGAGACUUACCCAAAGAUUUCCAGUGCUCAGAAUGCUGAGUUACGGCUAAGAUGGGGCCAAAUCAUCCUUAAGAAUGACCACCAAGAAGAGUUCUGGAAAGUGAAGGACUUCCUGCAGAGUCAGGGAAAGCAGAAGUACACUCUGCCACUGUACCAUGCCAUGAUGGGUGGCAGCGAGAUGGCCCGGACCCUCGCCAAGGACACCUUUGCAGCCACCGCUUCCCAGCUCCACAGUAACGUGGUCAACUAUGUCCAGCAGAUCCUGGCGCCCAAGAGCAGUUAGAGGCUCACCUGGGUGGUCCCUGCCUUUCUGAAGAAUUGUUCCUUCCCAAAUUCAUGUUCUCAAGUCAGCGUCCCGGAGUUUCUGUUCUCUGGGUUUGGGUCUCUGCCGUGGUGGCAGCUUCUGGUCUAGAGAGUCCUGAGAGUUCUAGAAGGGCCUCCCAUGCUCCCCUUAGACCGGGCUGCAGAGCAUAAAAUGUCAUUCUUUUUCUCUUUGAAUAAAUGUUUUUAAGCAAGAAGUA